AUGAUUACUUGUCCAGAAUGUCAAACAGAGUAUGAAAAGGAAGCAAAGUAUUGCUUUAAAUGUAGAAUUGCCUUUACAGAUGAUAUACCAGAUAGUAUAGCAAAGUAUCUACGACAUCGAAAUAGUUCUGGAGGAUACACACCAUUUACAAAAUCACAUACAACAUCAUUAUCAUCUGCAUCUGGAUUUGGUCAAGAUAAACCACCACUUAAUAGACACACGAGUGUGCCUGCUAUCAAGUCCACUGGAGGUGGCAGCAUGAAUAACCUACAUGGCAAUAACAUACAUAUAUCUACUUCUUCACCACCAACCAAUUCAUUUUCUAAUCCAUCUGGUACUCCACCUACAAAUAAUAAUAAUAAUCCAAAUAAUAAUCCAAAUAAUAAUAAUACUACGAAUAAUAAUACUAACAAUAAUCAAAAUAAUAAUACGCGACCAAGAAUACACUCAACACCGGCUCCACCAAGCCAUCCACUUCCACCUACACCAAACAAGGGCGACAGAAUGUCAGUUCCCGCUUCAAUGACCACUACAACUACCGCCACCACUACCAUUACAUCUUCUACAUCGUCGUCAUCGUCCAAUACCACGUCUCCUCCUAUUCGUCCACCUGUUUCCACCUCUACACCUACAUCAUCUAAUAUUGGAACUCCUACCAAGGGCGGGCCGAUGCGCACUGUCUCACCUGUUAAUACACCUCCUUCCUCUGCAGACAGUGGGUCGCCAUACACGAUGGCCACCAACGCGUUUGACAGUGGUGUCGACUAUAGUGGCGGUGGUCAACCACAACAACCACAACCCAUGAAACGCCCCCUCUCUCGAAGAAUACCACCACCUCCUCCCAACAAACGAUUGGUUCGUGCUGUCUGGGACUGCAUCUCUGAGCAAGAGGGAGACUUGGAGUUUUAUAAAGAUGAGAUCAUCUCGGUCAUCACUCAAGACCACGAAACUGGUUGGUGGUUGGGUUCAGUCACUAGAAACAAUCAAACUACAACUGGACUAUUCCCUGGAAAUUAUACGGAACCAAUGACCGGUACCAACAGUCCAACUCAAUAA